AUGUAUAUGAUGUAUACGCAUAUAGGCCAAUAUCUAUCAUCUGGAUCAUUUAUCAAUGGUGCAGCACACCAUACACUUCACCAUUUGUAUUUCAAUUAUAAUUAUGGUCAAUAUUUUACAAUAUGGGAUAAAAUUGGUGGAAGUCAUCGAUUUCCAAGUGAAGAACAGUUUGAUACUAAAAAGAAACGAGAUAAAAAAGUUUGGGAAAAACAAGCUGGUGAAGUUGAUAACUUUGAUGA